AUGACCAAGCUCGACGAACUCAAAAAGACGAGCGCAGACUUGCAAAAAAGCGUGGACAGUAUCCAAAAGACGUUGAGCAGCUUGCGUGGGCAGAAUGCUGGUGGGAAGCCCACCCCGUCUGCUUCCAAGGGCAACGGUGGAGCUUCCAAGCCGAAGACAGUAACGACCAAGCCCGGUGUUCCUGCUGGAGGAAAGGCAAAGGCUGGGACUGCGACGUCUGGUGCGGUGAAGUCUGGCGCGGCGAAGAAGUGA